AUGGGUCGGACUCGAGGCUCAUUCCAACAAUCCUCCUCUCGAGGACCUCCAUUGCCCGAAGGCACUCGGUCCAUCGAGAUGACGCCACCGUACUCUUCGCCUGUUUCUACAACACUAUCCCAAAGGGAAAGCCUUACGCAGGGGGUUGGCUUAGGCAUUUCUACACGCGGGAUGGACACACCGUUCAACCACUCGAGGGCUUGCGCUUCAUCAGGACACUACUCGAUGGCGCCGCCUUUACACAACCAACUGGUCCCCAGUGGCACAAUCUACUACGACUUUCCCUUGAACAUCGGGGGUCUCUCAAACGAUCAGUUUCGUGAAGUCUACAAUAGCUGCGCAACCACUUCUGAUUCCCCCAUUAGCCUUUACAGUGCGCAGACGCUGAGUGCAUCCCCCAGUUACAACUCCGCCCUGGAACUGCCCUCCAACCAGGAACUAUUCUCGAACCAGCCUUCUGGCCUCUGGGCAACAACGAUACCAUGCUCCCGAACCACGACGCCCAAUGAGGUUGUUGCUGCAGACGAGGAAGCGAAGAGUCACUGGUGUCGAAAUGUGUUCACCGAUAGGCUCGUCCCUCCCUCCGCAUCAAUGUCGUCAGCCGCAAAUUCCUCCUUCUCCCCUACAAUACUUGGGGAGGAGACUGAUUCGAGACAAAUGGUUACCCAGCCACAAGGCCCAGCAGCAGACAAUGGUGCCUCAAGUCCCUCAAACUCCAGCCGGAGGAGUCGGGUCUCAUCACCCGCUGAUAAACCCUCUGAGGUUGACAUAGGGCUCAAGUGUCCCAUCUGCGGUGCCAAGUUCACCAGGAAAUCUAACUGCCGGGAACAUCAGAAGAAGCACGAUCCUGAGUUCAAGAAAAUGUAUACAUGCGAUACAUGUGGCAGAUCAUUCCGCAGAGGCACAGACCUCAGAAGGCAUGCGGAUAGCGUGAGUGAAGUCUGA